UCUCAUCGGCAGCAGUAGUGGCGGAAUUGUAGCGUCGUGUGUGGCGAGACGUGCGAAAAUCUCACACUCAGUUUCAUAAGGCUUAGGGCACGUCAGGCCUCUCACGUGCAGACACGUUGCUUCCUUCUCCCGGACGUUGGUUCACGCAGAAGGAACAACAAUCAUCUCUAGUUGAGAGAGUCCUCUUACACACGCCGCAAGGUCAACUCAGCGCCGCGGCAUAUACAGUCAUGGACAAGGUCAGAAAAGCUCGAACACAGCUGCAGGCAUACAGAAAUGCCUCUUCCGAUGAGCAGCUGCGUGCGGAUUGCUUUCGAGUUGAUUUAGACCUCGAGUAAUUCGAAGUCUUCCUUCAGCAAGCCCUCGAAUAUCGCGAAACACGAGCACUCACCACCAGAUACGCGAGUUCGUCAAACUUUCCGGUCAUCCAAGAUGCUCAAGUUCCUCAAUUGUUCGUUAACAACAAACCUGUAUUGCGACUUUUCCUGCGUGACAUCCUGUAUCGCGUUACUAGGAAAAAGCUCUACGAAUGCUUGUCAGCACAAGGGUGCACCGAUUUUUCCAUAGAUAGUCUUAAGAAUACAAGAAAGGGUUCCGUCGCGGUCAUUUCUUGCAAGUUGCUGUCAUCCUCAUGCGCUAUUCAGAUCAAAUCUUGUAAAAAAGAACUGACUUUCACAGAUCCUAGAGGCAGAGUCUCAUACAUCAAAACGAGACCCGAUCAAUUCACUCAGCAAGAACCUUUACCGAGCACUCAGCCCGCAUUCAACAAAUUAACGCUUCUUCCCACUCCUCUUGUAGACAUUUUACAAUGUGGAGAUAUGAUCAAACGCUUAGCUCACUAUCUUACUUACAAUAAUUUCCUAAAUCUUUACACAGCUUGCCAUGAUGACCCCCACUUCCAUGGCACAGCACUUCCAUUCGAAUCUUGUUACGAUCGGUACUCUCACCCCAAUGGUCUGAAUAGAAUGCUUGAGGAUGUCAAUAACUUCAAAUUCACUAGUAUUUCAUUCAAUACUUCAGUCAAUAUAAUAGAAAUUCCGUUUAUUAACAAAUUGUUAUGGCGCUGCGUCAGCCACAGGCACAUUCCUGACAAGUAUCUUCGUCUGCGCGAAAUGGACCUAUCAGCUGUCACUGUCUCUAAGAAAACUUUCGAUUUACUCUCGGACAGUUUUGCAAUAGACAAGCUCACGUUGGGCAGCACUCCAGGUGGGUGCGACGAAUUUCUAACAGUGGCCAACUUGGAAUCGCUGAGCUUUGUAAAUAACAAAAAUUUAUCGCUUAAGUUUUUAACCAGAGAAAAAUGCAGUUCUCUGCGUUCUCUAUCGUUUAACAACUGCCAAGAAGUGCCUAUCGAACGUCUGUUCGACUUCGUAAAAAACAAUACACACCUUGCAGAAUUAAAUUUCUCAGAUUCUCAAGGUAGAAAGAGACACACAGUCGAUCUUAUUAUGUCAAUUUUCUCUCCGUCCAAUGUCACUGAAGCAUUUAACUUCAAUUAUUCAGCUUGUAAAGUAUUCCAUACUGAGAUCAUUCCUCGAGCAGUAUUCUUGGGUACGAAUGCUCUCAGAACACUCAAUCUCGAAAACAACGACUAUUUCAAAGAUUUUGUUACAGACAUCAUAGACAAUGCGCCAAACCUAGUCGAGUUGAACUUAUUAGGAUUGGACUUCAAUUAUCCGUUACUUCUUUCAAAUUUACCUCAAUUACGAUCGAUCCGGAUGAAUUACAACCACCAUAUUGUAAAUGCACUCAUUAGUGCUGGUCCUAAACAAACCUUUGAAGUACUCAUAAACAAUACGUGGGGAAAGAAAAGAACUCGAGUAAUCAACCUAGCUAACUUAGCUGGAGCGAUUCACGCCUGCGAACAAAUAGAUUUUAAGUUUGUUAACUGUCGAAUCAAUGUUCCGACGCACGUUCGCCAAGAGCUCGCUACACACGGCGUUAGUCUACGAGCGUUAGACAAUACUGUCUCUUUACUAAAGACUUUGUAAAUACUUUAAGUUCAUAUUAAUAAGUUCAUACCACGAGUUGUUACCAUUAGAAUUUACACAAUCGUUAUAUUGUAAUCUCAGAUUCUAAUAUCUUUAGUUUUAAUCAUAACUUCUGUAAACGCUCUCCAGCUACCGACACUUCGCAAUCACAAAAAAUGUUGUAAUCUCUCUCCGUCAUAAUUUCAUCGAUCAAAAUAAUAAAAAUACUUUUCAGUUUUUUUUUUCUUUUCGGGGGGGGGAGUACUGUAGGUGCCCCACGUUAGGUGGCAGCACCUCCCGACUGCAGAGAGAGAGAGAGAGAGAGAGAGAGAUAGCAGCCAUGCUGCGAGCGAGCGCCGACGCCGAGAGUGUUCCGCAGACCACGGCACGAGUCGGUCGCGCUGGAGAGAGAGAAAGAAUAAAGUGAUUGUUCAAGAGAAGAGUGUCCAGUCUCUAGCCCAGCCUAGACGUCCUCUUCCCACAUAGUUACCUGAAGUAACUAGCGAAAACUGUGACAGAUCUUAAGGUAUGUAUAGCAUAUAUAUGUAAUCAUCUCAUCUCUGGUUGAAUAUAUAUAUAUAUAUAUAUAUAUAUGUGUGUAUGUUUGUGUGACUAUGUAUAUCUCCGUAGCAUUUGUUACAACUAAACUAAUCAACGACGCAAAUAAAAAUUCACACUAUGUCUUACUUCAAAACUGAUUAAAUUGUGUAUUUAGAUGAUGAAUUCGUUUUGAUUUUAUUGAUAUGCCUGAAUUUAAAAAAAUACUUUUUUUUUCAAUUUUGUUGACAUCACAACUCUAAAUUUAUUAUGUAAAGCAAACGAUUUUACAAACGUUUUUUACAGUAAUUAAUCUGUUGUCAAUAAAACAAAGGUUAUACUUAGAAAUUUUUUCUAGUACAAUGAGUGUGCAAGGCACUUCUUUAAAUGCGCCGGAGGUACAUAGCAUUUUAAAAUAUGCCUACGUUCAUUUUGAUGAUGAUGCAUCAAAUUUAUACAUCAAGGAUAUUCAGUGCAUCAUCGAAAAGACUCCAGGCCCAGCAGGAAAAGUUACAUUCAGAAAAUUUUUACCAUAACAUGAGGAUGAUUUUGAUAGAAAGAAAUGUUAUCACGUGAAAUGGCAGUGUCAAAAGCCAUGUACGAUAAAAUCAAGUCAUAGAUGUGAUCCACUUUUAAAGGCUAAUAUUCUGUAUCUAGGUGAUCUAUUUAGGAUUAGAUGUCUCAGUAGACAAAGAAAUAUGGAGAGAAAUGAAUAAGAGAAAACCUAAAAAUUCUACGAUCUUUUUGAGAAACUUAAUGGAACUUAUAUAGCCUGAAAACGAACUAAAAAAUAAAUAUCUUAAAUUACACCUUACCUCGCUUCGAUACACUGGAGAAGAAAGAAUGGAGUUUGAGCCAGAUCGAAUGCAAUUACUCAAAGAGUUGUACAAAGACUUUUUAGAAAAAAAAAAUAAAAGACAAGGACACUGUCGAGCUUCUAAUGAACACAAUGAAGCCGUAUAUCAGUCAAAAACUACAAGACCUACGAAAAGAGCAUUUAGCUGGUAUGAAGAAAAACCAAGAAUAAAUAUUGUUUCCUAAUAAAAUGUUAAUUUACAGUAUGUAAAAUAAAACACGAGUUAAUUUAAAAAAAGUUUUUUAAUCCAGAAUAAAAUAGUAAAACUUCUACUAUUA